UUACAAAGUUUCUUAUUUCAGUGUGACAAAGCUUACAUUAUAUUUUAAUUUUCACAAUAGUUCCCCUUUAAUACUGGUGGCAGGCUUACAGGGCUGUAUUUUGUCUGUUACUUCCGUCGUAUGUGUGCUAUAGCCCUUAAAGUUGUCUUUCACAUGCCUUACUUAUUCACAAGUGUUACGUUUAUCUUAUUUUUCUGUUAAUGUCUUAUGUAGGGUUCAAGUCUGGCUGGUGGUUGCCUUAUGGCCUUGUGCUGUGACUACCGGAUAAUGGCAGACAAUCCAAAAUAUGCUAUUGGUCUGAAUGAGAACCAGUUGGGCUUUGUCGCUCCAUUCUGGGUCAAGGACGCAAUGUCAAGCGUAGUUGGAAAUCGUGUGACUGAGCAGGCCCUCCAGCUGGGUUAGAUGUUUCCAGCUCCUGAAGUGCUCAAGUUUGGGCUUGUGGAUCUGUUAGUGCCAGAGGAGAAAGUACAGGGCACCGCAGCCUCAGUGAUGGCCCAGUGGCUCACUGUCCCAGACCACGCCAGGCAGAUCACCAAGUCCAUGAUGCACAAGCAGACAACAGACAAACUAGUGAACAAUCGAGAAGCCGAUAUCAAGAAUUUUGUCAGUUUUGUCUCAAGAGACUCUAUUCAGAAGUCUCUGCAGGUGUACAUGGAAAGACUGAGGCAAAGGAAACAGUAGUAUAUUAAAGGGAUCCUGUCAUCAGAAAACAUGUUUUUUUCAAAACGCAUCAGUUAAUAGUGC